CCCAACUUCUGAGAAAAUAAAAAGAAGAAAAUAUGUCAGGAGAUUCUUCUUUGUUUAAUAACGCAUUAAGAGAAGAUGUAGGUUCCUUUGAUCAAUCAGUGACGUUCAGAGUUCUGUUCAACAACAGGCCAUUCUCUAAUGGCUGUGAUUUGAGGCCUUCCACUGUUGCAAAUCGCCCUAGAGUUGAAGUUGGAGGAGAUGACUUGCGUGUUUUCUACACACUAGUAAUGGUGGAUCUGGAUGCACCAAACCCUAGCAAUCCAACGUUGAAGGAGUACUUGCACUGGAUGGUAACCGAUAUCCCAGCAACAACAGAUGCAAGCUUUGGGCGUGAAUUGGUAAGGUAUGAGAGCCCUCGUCCAGCAAUUGGAAUUCAUCGCAUAGUCUUUGCACUCUUACGACAGAAAAGAAGGACAUGUGUGUAUCGUCCAGAAGUCAGAGAGAACUUCAGCACUCAAUCCUUUGCACAGGAAUACGAGCUCAGUUCACCAGUUGCUGCGGCAUACUUCAAUUGCCAGCGAGAGGCAGGCUCUGGUGGCCGAAGAUUCUUCUAAUAAUGACUGCAACAUGCAGAUCAAUCACUCAUCAUGACUAUAUAGUUAUUUACAAUGCUACAUAGAUCUUUAUAUGCUUAUGUUAGCUGCUUCUAUAAUAAGCACUCUAUCAUCAGCAACUCUAUUGUCUCAUAUAUAUAUCAAUUGAUGUUAUGACUAAUAUUAUAUAGAUUGUGGAAUAUAUUUACAUGUGUGAUUUGG